CGGACGGACGGACGCACGGCCCUGGCUUCCCGACCCCUGCGGGCCGGUGGCGAGCGAGAGCGGGCCCUUGGCCUUCCUCGCCGCCCCCGCGCGCCCGCGCCGGUUGCCGUGGAAACCGUUGGGCCGGACUCGAGGUCCCGCAGGUGCUGCCGAGGUGUGGUGGGGGCACGCGAGGGGUCUCGCUUCCUUCCCGGCGGGCGAGGACGGACCUGGUCGCGCUGACCCGUGGUCCUUCCUCUCGUUCCUUGGAGAGAUCUUCCGUGUGUUCAAAAACCGUCGAGCGCUCUUGUCUUCUUUGAUGCUUUUUCAACUCCUACCUUCCGCCCGCAAUCUGCUUUCUAUUUUAGGCGAUACUGGGAUUGAAUUCUUCUAAAGCGACUGAAGUGUGAGGAGUAAAAACUGUAGUUGCUGCGUUUUGUUAGGACGGAUUGGCUCAGACCCUGUUUCCUUGAGCAAGUGUUUCGGAUUUAAGACCUUAGCACCUACCUGUUGGGUGCCCUGACUCCCUCCGGAGUCCGAGGAGCCUGGGGCUCUCCAUCUCCGGGCGCUGAGUUCCAGCCCCACGUCCGGCAUAGAGGUAUAUUAAAGCAAGUGAAAGAUUACAUUAAACAGUGUAGCAAAUGCCAGGAGAAACUAGAUCGCUCCCGUCCAAUAUCAGAUACUUCAGAAAUGUUAGAAGAAUUGGGACUAGACCUUGAAUCUGGAGAGGAAAGUAAUGAAUCAGAAGAUGAUCUGAGCAAUUUUACUUCACCUCCAACUACAGCUUCCAAGCCUGCAAAAAAGAAGCCCGUAUCCAAGCAUGAACUUGUAUUUGUUGACACCAAAGGAGUGGUAAAACGUUCUUCUCCAAAACACUGUCAGGCUGUCUUAAAACAGCUCAAUGAACAGAGACUCUCCAACCAGUUCUGUGAUGUUACUUUGUUAAUUGAGGGAGAAGAGUACAAAGCUCAUAAAUCUGUUUUGUCCGCUAAUAGUGAAUAUUUUCGAGAUCUUUUUAUUGAGAAAGGAGCUGUUUCCAGUCAUGAGGCAGUGGUGGAUCUUUCUGGUUUUUGUAAGGCAAGCUUCCUUCCUUUAUUGGAAUUUGCCUAUACUUCCGUGCUAAGUUUUGACUUCUGUAGCAUGGCUGAUGUAGCCAUCUUGGCUCGUCAUCUUUUCAUGUCGGAAGUUUUAGAAAUCUGUGAAAGUGUACAUAAACUAAUGGAAGAGAAGCAGUUAACAGUAUAUAAGAAGGGUGAAGUCCAAACGGUUGCAUCUACCCAGGACUUACCAGAGCAGAAUGGAGUUACUACACCUCCUGCGGCUAGCAGCGAGGGAACCACAACAACAUUAUCUACUGAACUUGGGGAUUGUGAAAUUGUACUACUGGUGAAUGGAGAAUUGCCAGAAGCUGAGCAGAAUGGAGAGCCAGGACAACACUCUGAAGCCCAGGCUUCUUCAGAGACUCCAGCCACUGUGUCACCUGCAGGCUGUAUAACUGGUGCCCAUCCUCAAAUGGAGUCUGUGGAUUUAGCAACAAAAAACAGUGAGACAGAACUAGAAACUUCAGGUAGCAGGGAAGACAGCACAGUUUCUGAUACUCACCCCAAACUUUCAGAAGAGAAUGUAAUCAGUAGCUCUCCAGAAAACAAUGAUAUGGGAAAUGGCACAUCACCUGAAGAUAUCUGUGCUGAAGACAUUCCAGAGCAUAUGCAGAACCUUGGCCAGUCUUUGAAAGACCAGGAAAAUCUGGUUGCACUGGCAGCAAAGACAGACCUCGGCCCUGAUGAUGAAACCUACAGAAGCAGGCUUCGGCAGCGUUCUGUUAAUGAAGGGGGAUAUAUCCGACUGCACAAAGGAAUGGAGAAAAAGCUACAGAAACGGAAAGCUAUUCCCAAAUCAGCAGUUCAGCAGGUAGCCCAGAAAUUAGUUCAAAGAGGGAAGAAGAUGAAACAACCAAAAAGAGAUACUAAAGAGAAUCCUGAAGAAGCAGCAUCCCAUAAGUGUGGGGAAUGUGGAAUGGUUUUUCAGAGACGAUAUGCUCUUAUAAUGCACACACUGAAACAUGAAAGAGCUAGAGAUUACAAAUGUCCAUUGUGUAAAAAACAGUUUCAGUACAGUGCCUCCUUGCGAGCACACCUUAUUCGGCAUACCAGAAAAGAUGCACCCACUUCAUCCUCUUCCAAUUCUGCAUCUAAUGAGACAUCAGGAACGUCGUCUGAGAAGGGGAGAACCAAAAGAGAAUUUAUAUGUUCCAUAUGUGGAAGGACAUUACCUAAAUUAUAUUCUCUUCGAAUACACAUGUUAAAGCAUACAGGUGUAAAGCCACAUGCAUGUCAGGUCUGUGGAAAGACUUUCAUCUAUAAGCAUGGUCUAAAAUUACACCAGAGUCUCCAUCAGUCACAAAAGCAGUUCCAGUGUGAACUAUGUGUUAAGUCAUUUGUUACCAAACGGAGUCUUCAAGAACAUAUGAGUAUUCACACAGGUGAGUCCAAGUACCUCUGCUCAGUUUGUGGAAAGUCUUUUCACAGGGGCUCUGGACUCAGCAAGCACCUAAAGAAACACCAGCCAAAGCCUGAAGUUCGAGGCUAUCAUUGUACUCAAUGUGAAAAAAGUUUCUUUGAAGCUAGAGAUCUUCGUCAGCACAUGAACAAACAUCUUGGUGUGAAGCCAUUCCAGUGCCAAUUUUGUGAUAAGUGCUAUAGCUGGAAGAAAGAUUGGUAUUCCCAUGUGAAGUCUCAUUCUGUCACUGAGCCUUACAGGUGUAAUAUAUGUGGCAAAGAAUUUUAUGAGAAAGCAUUGUUCAGAAGGCAUGUAAAGAAAGCUACCCAUGGAAAAAAAGGAAGAGCAAAGCAGAACCUGGAACGGGUGUGUGAACAAUGUGGAAGGAAAUUCACUCAGCUAAGAGAGUAUAGGAGACACAUGAACAACCAUGAAGGAGUUAAGCCAUUUGAAUGCUUAACCUGUGGAGUAGCUUGGGCUGACGCCCGAUCUCUAAAGCGCCACGUCAGAACACAUACUGGCGAACGGCCCUACGUCUGCCCCGUAUGUAGCGAAGCCUACAUAGAUGCUCGGACGCUCCGUAAACACAUGACUAAGUUCCACAGAGAUUAUGUGCCUUGCAAAAUUAUGCUGGAAAAAGAUACCCUUCAGUUUCAUAACCAAGGAACUCAAGUGGAACAUGCCGUUAGCAUCUUAACAGCAGAUAUGCAGGAACAGGAAAGCAGUGGUCCUCAAGAACUCGAAACUGUGGUAGUGACCGGAGAAACCAUGGAAGCGCUCGAAGCUGUCGCGGCUACAGAAGAGUGUCCAUCAGUAUCUACACUUUCUGACCAAAGUAUUAUGCAAGUGGUUAAUUAUGUGCUGGCACAACAGCAAGGACAGAAGCUGUCGGAAGUCGCAGAAGCUAUUCAAACUGUUGAAGUGGAGGUGGCCCAUAUUUCAGAAGCAGAAUGAAGGUAGUAAUGGAGAUAAGAGAAGUGACGUGUAUACUGAACUCACAGAACACUUGUUUACAGGACUGUGUGACUCUGCCUAGAUUUUGUGUGUCAAGGUUCUGGGCUGUUUGGUGAGGUUUUAACAUUUAACAUUUCUGAACGGUUUGUCUGGCUAAUGGGUUCUGUUGAAAAGUCCAUUUACUGUAAAGAAAUUGAAAACGUGUACUUGGUGGCAUUGGUUUAUCAUGGUGUACUUUUUAUGAAUUAAUGUUUAUAAAGGACUGUACUAAAUUAAAAUCUAUAUAGUUUCACUUGCAUUUUGACAUUAUUACAUACUUUGAGUUUAAAAGGCUGCACUAGUCAGAUCUUCUUCUCUUUUAUUCUCAAAAUAGAGAGGUUUGUGAUUUCAUUUGCCCUGUUUAUAGGUUGAAAAAAAUUCUAAUAUAAAGCAUUUGAGUAGGAUGCAUAGGUAUAUUACAUUUUUAAAAUGCUUCAAAUCUGUGAUUCUUGACUUACUAUUUAUUUUAACCCCUUAUAAGUCAGGGAUUUAUUCUAUUUUAAAGCACUUAAUGAGUUACAUGUUGUAAUCAAGUUUGCACAGUAUACUUAAUCUGUAUGGGGAACCCUUAAAUAAAUAGCUGAUUUUUAAAUGCCAUUAAAAUGCAUGAAAUGCCUAUUAAAGCCUUACUAUAUACUAUCUCUUCAAGGCAAGUAAAUUGACCAUGAGCAAAGGACACUGUUACUAAACACUGUUGAUGGGAAAUUUCUCCUUGAUAACAUGGGACAAUGAAUGAAAAAAAAAAAUCUUCUUUUGCUGAAAAAUGAACAAGUUAAAACUAGAUUUCAUAUGUUUGCAGCUUUUGUAUCAUGUUUAACUGUUCAAUUUUGUUGAAAAACUGCAAUUUAGAAAUAGGAUAGCAAUAUAGACCUCUACAGCGGUCCUGUGGAUACCCUAUAAUUGUCAAGGAACUUCAAAAUAUUGAAAAGUCUUCAAUUCAGCCCUCAUUUUAGUGUACGACUUAAAGAAGUUAAUUGAUUAUGCUCCACCAAAUUGUCGAAAGUAAAUUAUUUUUAAAAGUUACCUGAGAAUUAUAUUUAUUUGUGCGUUUGAUUUUUUUUUUUUUUUAAUUCCCACUCCUAGAAGCUAUCCAGUUUUCUGAUCUUCAAAAUAACUGUGGGAAACUACCACUCAAGCUAUAAUUGUUAAGAUUAAACUUUUUAAAUAUUAGAAGCUAAUAUAAGGUAUAAAAUGAAGAUAUAAGCAAAUCACAUGUAAAUCAUUCCUAAAGCACAAGAAAAGAAUGUGCCUUGAUGUACAUAUAUUAAGAUACUUACUCCAGUUUACUUUUUAAAAAAUGGCUUAAAAAAUAAAGAAUAAAUGUGAUGCCAUGCAUGCAUUAUACCUGCAUAUGUAAUAUUUGCAUUUGCAAAUUUCCCAUUGUUUCUGUAGCUGUGUGGCUGACUUUCUAUUUUAAGUGAAUUGACAUACAGUCCAUGACUUCAUAAUGGCUGCUUGUUCAUCGUACCUUUCAGUUAGUGAAAAUGUAUUUCAACCCAGCUCAAAUUUGGAAUUGUCUUUUAUGUUCCAUCUUCACUGUUGUUACUAGAUUUAGUUAACUGUAUGAGACCAUUAAUGUAUGUCAAAAAUAUGUAAAUAAAAGUUGUUGAAUCUUGUUUAAAAGCAUAA